CUGGAUUCAACAAAUGUCAAUGUGGCCAGCCCUGUGUUCCCAGUGUUCAACAGCAUCAUCGACUGCUCUUUCGACUACAGAUUCGUAACGCUGGAAUGCAUAUUGGUUCCUGUUAUGUAGUUCGAAGGAACUUUGGAAUUAUAAUUUGUGUGCUAUUGCUGGAUAAUUCACCCGCAAUGCGCUCCAUUACCACCACAACCACGUAACCACGUAGUGCGUCCUCCGCCGGCGAUUUGAUCAGCGCCUUGUGUUCUGUGUUCCAUAAAACUUCAAAGCCUCUGGUUCUGCAGUUUGUUGGUGCAGUGCAUACAGCGACCCUGACGUGUGACAAAAUGCUCUUUCCUGCAAUUCACACCUGCUACACACUUGCGAUCUUGCGCAACGGAUUCUAUUACACGCUGUAACAUGGGGUUGCGUGGAGUCCCUAUAAAGAUGCAUAGUUUACUCAAGUAUACAUCUCUGGCAGUCAUUGUCAUACAGACGACCACAAUGGUCCUUGUCCUACGCUUCUCUCGGACACAGACCGUAGCUGGGCCACGUUACCUAUCUUCCUCCGCGGUUGUAGCAUCCGAGUUCCUAAAGCUUCUUGUUUGUGCAUCCGUUCUGCUCUGGGAAAACGAUGGAAAUCCAGUACAGCUGCUCCGGCAGCUCCACCAGGAAGUUUGGUGCAAACCGAAAGAAACUUGCAAGAUGUUGGUUCCAGCUGGCCUGUACACGUUGCAGAAUAACCUGCUUUUUCUAGCACUGUCUUUAUUAGAUGCUGCUACAUUUCAGGUGACAUACCAGCUCAAGAUUUUAACAACAGCUAUGUUUAGUGUUGUCAUGAUGAAGAAGAGGCUCUCGUUUCAACAAUGGAUAGCUCUUUUGCUCCUUAUGGGAGGUGUCGUUCUUGUACAGAUGCCAGCAGCUGAGUCUGGGAAACAGGUCACGCAAGGGUCUGCCGCUUCAAAGCUUCUGGGACUCAUGGCCAUUUUGGCUUCGUGUGUUUCAAGCGGAUUCAGUAGCGUUUAUCUUGAGAAGCUACUUAAAGGCCUUUCCCAGUCUCUCUGGGUCAGGAAUAUACAGCUGGCUAUAUUUGCCCUGGUCCUUGGAAUAGUUGCCAUGUUCCUUACUGACUAUCAGAGGCUUGUAGUUGGAGGAUUCUUUCAAGGUUACAAUUACAUCACUUGGGCAGUUAUAUUUCUUCAAGCGUUUGGAGGCCUAGUGGUGUCGUUAGCCGUGCGUUAUGCGGAUAGUAUACUCAAGGGCUUUGCGACGUCGAUUUCCAUCGUGCUUUCGGCUCUCUGUUCCUACUUCCUUCUUGGGGACUUCUUGCCUACCACCGAUUUUCUUGCCGGAGCUUCCUUGGUGAUAUUCUCCACCAUCAUGUAUGGAAUCCCCGUGAGUUCUGGAUCCAGCAAAUGACGGAUUCUUGGCACAGUUUGCGGACUGCAUUAGAGCCAACAAGCAUUCGAAUGGUCCGUUGACAAUGUUGGACUUCCUUGUAGUGAGCAACCAUAAGUAUUACUUGGAGCUUGGUUGGCAGCAAUUUAGUGUUAAAAAAACUCACACAGCCUGCGAGUGAUCUCAUGGUGCAACUGAUGGACAAUACGUCUCGAUGUCACGUGGACCAAGUGCGCAUGGGUCAUCCUAAUAUUUUACGUAGCUUACAAUGCCAGCACUAAAUAGGCAAAGUUGAUUUAUCCUAGAGUUGCUCGUGCAAAACAGACUCCAUUAUAAACAGACUCCGUUAUGCCUUUGUGGGCACAGUGAUAGAAUUGUGUGGUUCCUCAGGAUGACCUUAUGAAUUCUAGUCUCUCUGUUGAUGUCAUGUUCUGUUGUCUGCUCAGUUUACACUAAAAUAUAUACGUAUAUACUA